AUGCAUCUCACCAACCCCAUUCUCCUCCUCGCCUCCCUCUCCGCCACCACCCUGGCCCACCCCACCAACAUCAUCAACAAACGCCAGGACUACUCCUCGUCCACCACCGCCGCCGUCUCCUCCACCCCCUCCUCUACCUCCUCCACCAGCUCCGACGGCUACUCCACCGCCGGCUUCGGCUCCAACACCGCCUCCUCCGGCUCCGACAUCACCUACAAAGGCAACGUCGGCAACCCCUGGGGCAGCAACAUCAUCGAGGUCUCCUCCUCCUCCGCCUCGAGCUACAAGCACGUUCUCGAGAUCACCGGCCCUUCCUCCGAGGACUGGUCCGUCGUCUUCUGGAACAAGUAUGGUCCCGACGGCCUCAUGAACGGGUGGUACGGCUACUCCGCCCUGAACUUGGACAUCGCCGCCGGUGAAACCAAGUACGUGGCUCUCGCGGACGACACGAACGGUGGAUUCGCUGCCGCCCCGUCUUCCAGUGGUAUCCCCAAGGACAACGGCGGCGGGUACGCUGCUACGUGGGGUGAGUUUGAUUUCAGCUCCGCUGGCAACGGCGGCUGGUCCGGGUUCGAUGUUAGUGCGAUUGCGGCGCAGAAUGCCGGUCUGGAGGUCCAGGGUAUGCAGAUCUGUGAGAAGAAUGGAGGUACUUGCUCCAGUAUCACGGCUGAUGCGGCAACCGUGGAUAAUGCGUAUACCACUGCGGAGACGGAUAUUGGUGGUAUUGGUGGAAAUAUCUCUGGGGAUGAUCAGGUUAUUCUGCAGGUUACCCUGGGCUACAGCGGGUAA